UGCCAAGCGCCCCUACGUAACCGCAAUGAGGAGGCAAUCCCUUUCCUUUACGGGCACAUUUCCUGCCGCCCGCGUAACUGCACGCAGCGCCCAUAGACCGCGGCACGCAUCUCCUGCGCGCACUUCGACACGUGCGCCAUGGCGCCCUGCGGAAACCGGAACCCCGAGUGACAUUGCUCGGCAGGAUGGAGGUCGUGAAGUAUAUUUAAACGGUGCCGCCCAGUCUGGAGUGAAUCUCUUCACGGACGACCGCGCGGGAUCUCACCUGUCAACGAUGCUUCGAGUGUGUGCUUUGGCGGCCUUGCUUGUUCUGGCCAUCUCCUUCCAGGGCGCCAGUGCGCAAGGCAAGCCAAACCUGUGCUACCUACCCCCUCGUACGGGUCUGUGCCUCGCCUACUUCCCAUCGUUCUACUACGACAGCUCCUCCGGAACAUGCCGCUCGUUCGUCUACGGCGGAUGCCAGGGAAACGAAAACCGAUUCGUCUCGUACGAGGAAUGCAUCCGCGCCUGCGGUUGAAACUAUAUGUUUGAAGAUACCCCGGAACCUCAGAAUGUCCUCUGCCCUUUUUUUGUGAAAAUGACUCUUUUGUGCCGUAAGGCUGCCUUGUAACAUUUUAUUUGGCAAGGUCGUCAAUCGACGCGCUUCUUCUGUAGUUCAAAACCUGAUCUUUUCUUGAAAAAUCGACGGAUGUGGUCUGAGUGUGUUACAGCUUCAGAGUGCGCAUUCGUCGAGCGCAACAUGACAAACACACUGAGUAGAAGUUUGCUGUCACCUAAGUAACAGGUUACACUUGUCAGCAAGAAGCCGAUCAGCUUUCCGGCUGCGUCUUUGAAAACUUUAUCAUCCGCGUGUAAUGUCUCCGCUUUCACAUCGUAGCCUAAGACAUUUGUGACAAUGAAAGAAGACUAAACGGAG